AUGAAGUAUGUGGAGGGAAUGCCCUUGACUAGUGUGGUCUGUUCGAACGGGUCUGUGGUAAUAGGGGGAGGAGGUGGAAAUCCAUUAUUUGGUUUCCCAAAUAGGAUUAUUCUAUUAGACUCUGCGUGCAAUGAGAUUAUGCACCUUACAGUGCGGGACAUUAUUUUGAGUCUUCGGGCUGUCCCUGGUGCAGUUCUUGUGGAAUAUUUUAAUUUUUUUGAGGUAUUUUUAAUAAAAGACGGGGUGAUUGAUGGGCCUGUAUGGGGAGAAGAGGGUGUUACAUCUGCUGUCCUUGGGUCAGAUGGAGUCUACUACGUGAAGAAUGGCCUUGUGAGAUUAAAUAUCUGGGAGGCCAUGAAAAAGACAAAACUUAAUACACAUAGUGUAGAAAGUAAUGGUAAAGAGCCAGAAAAAAGUGCAGAACUUAAUACACAUAGUGUAGAAAGUAAUGGUGAUGAGUCAGAAAAAAGUACAGAACUUAGUACACAUAGUGUAGAAAGUAAUGGUAAAGAGCCAGAAAAAAGUACAGAACUUAAUACACAUAGUGUAGAAAGUAAUGGUGAGGAACAGGGGAAUAAUCCAGAACUUGUUACACUACAUGCAAAAAGUCCUGUCACUGAGGGUGAAAAUAUUCCAAGACUUCUUACACUACAUGGAAAAAGUAAUGAAUAUUUAAUUUAUUCAGAAAAGACAGACGGAAUAGUCUCUUUAUACGAAAAUGCCGAGGAAACAGUCUUACCAGGCCCUAUAAGCAGGUAUAAGAUGCAGGACAAGGCGUAUUCUUACAUAGUACAGUUAAAGGACGACUAUUCCCUGGUUACAAUGCAGUAUGAUGGCAAAAUAUAUCAUGUUUUGGAGAAAAUGUGUAUUUCUGUGGCUGUCUCAGAGGGUGUCUUCUACGUGGGAACAGGCCGGGGUGAAGUAAUUGCGUAUAAGAAGGGGCGUGUGUUAUGGAGGAAAAAGAUAUUCACGUCGCCCGUGACGGAUCUGUGGCUCAAUGGGAGAGAUAUUUGGUGUACGUGCAUAAAUGGGAGGGUGAUCAAGGGUUCGAUCGACGGGGACUUUAAUAGUUUCUUGAAGUUCGGGAUACUUUCUGUUUUUAUGGCUGGGUGCAUGUUUGCUGUUAAGUCUUGGGUUUUUGGAAAAUAA